AUGCCCUCUCAACCAGGAGUCACAGCUGGGGCAUCGUCGUCCCUUCCUAAUCCGAAACCCAGGGGGCUGCUUGGACCCCAGACGGAAACCCACAGGCAGGCAGGGACUCCUCCCCCCCAACAUCCUCGCUUAGGGAAACUGAGGCUGAGUGGCUUAGGUUUCAAGUCCGUGGGGGAGCUCGCGCUUCAAGGCCAGGUUCGGUGCCGGAAGGCCACCUGCAUCGUUCCCCUUGCCGGCGCUCCUCCAAAGGGCUUACCCGCCGCCUGCCGCAACCCGAAGUGCCCGCAGAGGGUCUCACCACUGCGCUCAGGCGGCCGCCAUGGCGGGGCGGCCUGCGCAGGCGCGGCCCCACCCUCGGCGCGUACGAUUUCCUUGCGUCGCUUCGUGGCCACGCCCACCUGCCGAAUCGUGCUUGGGCGCCAGGGUUGCUGUCAGGGGCAGCCCGGAAGAAGCUCGUUUCUCGCCUGCAGAGGUUUGCUCUCACCUGCCCGGGUUUGGCGAGAUGGUGGCUGGCCUGGGUUGGAUGCGAGUGAGGGAGCCGCGACAUAA